AAACCCCACCUCCCUAAAUUCUGUCCCCAGCCGACGGCGCAAGCCAAAACUCGCCUCGCACAACCUACGCCACCCCAAAUCGCACGCGCACCGAUCGCUUCCCGCCGCCGCCAUGGGCUCGACGUUCAGCCACGAGGAUGCUCCUCCGCCUCCUUCCCCAGCUCCCGCCGACGCGCCACCUCUUCCCUACGCCCCGAUGCCUCCCCCGCCGUUGCCGCCCCAGGAGGAGGACAAGGCGGCGGAGGACGACAAGGUGGACUACCUGAAUCUCCGCUGCCCUAUUCCCUACGAAGAAGCCCAGCGCGAGGCCUCGAUGACGCUCAAGCCCGACGUGUUCGAGGGCUUUCGCUUCGAUUUCGUCAAGCCGGUCAGCCAGGUCUUGUUUUUGAGCCACAGUGCGUCAAUGGGAUCCAUGGAGGUCCCUUCACAGGGACCUGAAGUGAUCAAGGUCCCCACCUCCCAGUACGAGUUUGGCGCCAACUAUAUUGAUCCCAAGCUGAUGCUCAUCGGUAGGAUCGCGCCCGACGGAAGGCUGAAUGGACGUGUCAAGUACGAAGUCACAGAAAAUCUUUUCGCACAAAUGAAUGCUCAGUUGACAAACGAGCCUGGUUAUUCCCAAGGCAUGUUUAAUUUGGAUUACAAGGGCAAAGAUUUUAGAACCCAAUGUCAAGUCGGGAAUAAUGGCUUCUAUGGAGGGAACUACAUCCAGAGUGUAACGAAGAACCUCUCCCUGGGAACUGAAGGUUUUUGGCUUCAACAACAAAGGAAAUCAGGAGUUGGCUUUCUUGCUAGAUAUGACACGAAGAACAUGGUUGCAACUGGACAAAUUGCAAGCACUGGACUGGUUUCACUGAGUUACGUUCAGAAAGUGUCUAAUAAGGUUUCCCUUGCUACUGAUUUCAUGUACAAUCAUAUGUCAAAGGAUGUAACAGCAAGUGUGGGUUAUGAUUAUAUCAUGAGACAGAGUCGUUUGAGGGGAAAGGUAGAUACCAAUGGCGCAGUUUCUGCUCUUUUGGAGGAGAAAAUCAACCCAUACGCUACCUUGGUUCUUUCUGCAGAGAUUGAUCACUGGAAGAAGGAUAACAAGUUUGGGUUUGGCGUAAGGGUUGGAGAGUAAGAUGAUGAGAUGAAUUGUUGAGAGGCAUGUACUAUUAUAGCAGUUGGCAUUUGUCAACAAGGAUUGUGAUGAUUUUGUGUUUUGCUGUCAUUUUGUUUCUCACUCCACUGGGUUGAUUACUUCGGAAAUGCCCUCGUCGUCAUUAGAUUAAGUUUGGUUACGUGCUCCAGUUAGGCUCAAGACCAUCUGUGUAAAUUUUCUGUGUGAUGCGAGCAGAUAAGUAUAAAUGGUAGUUGACUUAUCAUUUUGGUA